AUCGUAUGAAGAGCAAAUAUAAAAUGUUCGGAUUCUGUUUUUACUGUGGUGGUGUAAAGUUAGUGAAGAAAGCAAUUCGUGCAACAGUAUUUCAUGAGAAGAAAACGAUCGUCAUACAGAAAAAUUCAAUAUCAAGAGGUUUUAGGAUAUCAAAAAAAGAAAGAGCCUCGAUCGGUUCAUACGUAUACGAUUUUAUUAAGAAGAAAAAUAACCUCGAGCGGUGCUAGUGAAACUGAUCAUAGUGUGUGUUGGCAUGUGCAGCGAUACGGCGGUUCUAGGAAAUCAUUUCGGUUCUGCAUAGCAAUGACGCGUUUGAGCAUGUAUGUGUUGCUCACUCGCUGUCGAUCUUGGUCGAACGAUGCGCGGAAAGAUGGAGAACCACGAGCGGUUCAUGACAAUUUAUAAUUGUAAUAUGAAAAAAGAAUGCUUUGUGUGGUUCAUGUAAAAAUAAGUAAAGCAGAUAUUCGCACGAGUAACGUUAUGGCUUUCCCACAAGACCAUUUUAAACAAAAGUUCCGAUUCUGAUUCUUGCAUCCUUCCGUACUGCUAUGACAGGUUUCAGCGUGUAUGCGUUAUUUCCUUUUUUAUUUCGAGAAAAAGAGAGAACCUCGAGCAAUUCCUAGUUAUCGGAUUCUAUAAAAAAAGAAGAACCUCGAGCGGUUCUAGUGUGGAUAUAUUUUAUGUGAUUAGUAUAAAGAAGAAGAAAAAAAAAGAAGAACCUCGUGCGGUUCUACUGUGGAUAUUUGCUAUCGAAUAGUUGUAAAAGAAAAGAGAGAACCUCGAGCGGUUCAUAUCUAAGUGAUUAAAAAAAGAGAACCUCGAGCGGUUCUACUGUGGAUUGUAAAAGAAAAGAGAGAGCCUCGAGCGGUUCAUAUCUAAGUUAUUUUAUUAAAAAAAGAGAGCCUCGAGCGGUUCUACUGUGGAUUGUAAAAGAAAAGAGAGAGCUUCGAGUGGUUCAUAUCUAAGUCUUAAAAAAAAGGAGAACCUCGAGCGGUUCUACUGUGGAUAUUUGCUAUCGAAUAGUUGUAAAAGAAAAGAGAGAACCUCGAGCGGUUCAUAUAUAAGUAAUUAAAAAAGAGAGAACCUCGAGCGGUUCAUAUCUAAGUGAUUAAAAAAAGAGAACCUCGAGCGGUUCUACUGUGGAUUGUAAAAGAAAAGAGAGAGCCUCGAGUGGUUCAUAUCUAAGUUAUUUUAUUAAAAAAAAGAACCUCGAGCGGUUCUAGUGUAAACAUUUCUAAUUCUAUAAUUGUAAAAGAAAAAGAGAGAGCCUCGAAAGGUUCAUGGUGUUACCAACUCCUAAAAAAAGAGAGUCUGGUACGAUUCAUACACAAGUAUUUCUAUUUGAAAACAAAACAAAAAAAAGGAGAGAAAAGAAGGACCUCGAGCGGUUCUUAAAAAUGAUGAGAAGGAAGUAUACUAACACAACGAAUACUUUCAAGAUUUUAUACCAUAUAUAUUUGACGGUGUAAGCACAUGUCACGUUGUCCAACACAAGGAGAUACGGAAAUUUUGGUCAUUCUAUUGUAUUCUUGAUUGUUUCUUCAGCAAGGGCGACAUAACAAAAGCAGAGCUGAACGCCUUGAUCGAGGCUUUGAAGAAGGAGAAAGAGAAGAAUUCCUUGCUAAAGUCACAGCUGGAGGAAGCUCGCACGAGCUCUUCUAAACGACGAAAUGACUGGAUUGAAGAAGCAUCUGAUGAGCAGUUAUCCCGAAUCCCACCGUGUGGCUCUUCGACAUUGCUACAACCGGCCAUACAAUCCAACAACGAGGUUUCCAUGUUGGCGUCUAUGUCUUUCGCGACACUACAAAUACAAGCUUGUCAACCCAAGGCGGAAAAAGAAGAGGUGGAUAAGACAACAUUCGAACGAUGGAAGGAGCAAUUUGAUGCAGCAAUGGAUUUCGCGGGAAUUUCGAGUGAAUCUCUCAAGAUGAGUGCAUUCAAAAUGAAAGCAGGUCGUGCUCUGUUGAAUGUACUGCGCCAAUUCAUUCUGAGAAAGAUGCGAAUCUUUAUCCGUACUCGAAUGCAAUUGAUAGAUUGGAUCAAUAUUACGGAUCUCAUCUAUAUGUUUUCCGUCAGCGUCAAAAGUUGCGAGCGAUGAAACAAAUCAAAUAUUAGUCCGAUUAUCAAUUUGUCAAUCGAGUGAUCGAAUUUGGUAAACUUUGUAAUUACAAGGACGAGCAGUUAAUAGAGACCAUUGCUGACGUGAUUCAGAUACAUGCAAUUAAUCCCAAAGUACGCAAGGCAGGAUGGAAAAUCCUUAAGAAACGCGGGACGAUUAACGAGCUGUUGGAUAGAGUGCGAGCUUGCGAAAUUGAGGCAAUCAAUGAGAAUAUUUUCAAUAGAAAUCAACAUCCAAUUCAAUCUACGGCUGAGGUCUCUGCUGUUUCGUACGGUGCUUACCCAAAAACGGCGCCUCGUCUGGGCGAGUUUCAGCGUGAUAGAUUGACGUUCCGACAAAAACAUUGGGGAAUGCAGGAAGAUAGAGGAUCCAACAAAAGGGGCUUUACCGGAUUUGCCACAAAUCGGUCUUUUGGAAUUCGUCGUAUCGUUUGUUGGAGAUUUAACAGCAAUUCUCAUCAUCCGGAGCAAUUCUACGCUAUCGACAAGAGGUGCCGAACCUGCCAAACUGUUGGACAUAUCGAACGAGCAUGUCGUCCGGAUCUGCAAAAUAAGGCGGUUAAACGAUACUCAACGGAGGGCGAAUCAUCUCAAUCGAGUAAAACCCGGAAGAUUGCGGCGAUUACGGAUGGUAAUGAUGCAGACAAAACUGAAUGUGAACAAAAGACUGUAAUAUUGGAAUCUACUUCAAGAGCUAAUUGCUAUAUCUCGGAUAUUGUUAAAACUAAUGACGACCAGUUGUAUGUGAUAAUCCGAGGAGAAAACGAUCAAGGAUCAGUUGUAGGUUACGUAGCAGGAGUCCCCAUUAAUUUUUUGAUUGAUUCUGGUGCUGACGUUAACACCAUCAGCAAAGAUAAUUUUGAUUGUUUAUGUAGAAGUGAUCCUGAAAAAACGAAAAUUUUCAACGUAAGAGACGGAACGGAUCGUUCCUUGAAAGCUUACGGCAUGAAACAUGAAAUUCCGGUAGUGGCUUCUUUUGUCGCUGAGCUGUUCAUCUCAAUGGACCGUCCACGGACAAUGGAAAAAUUGUACGUUAUUCCAAAAGCGCGAGCAUUGCUUAGCAGGAAUACUUCGUUAAGAUAUAGCGUGCUACAACUUGGUAUGGAAGUUCCAGUUAAGACAAACAUGGGAAAUGACACAACACGAUUAAUGCCGGGAGAUAUUUUUGUAUUGGCAGAUUCGUCAGUGUUUCCUAAAUUCAAUGUUCUUCCUGUGAUGUUGACUUACGAUAAAGGGAUUCCUCCGUCUAGGAACGUAUUUACUAGCAUCCCUCCAGCAUUUAGGAACGAGACAGUAAAACAAUUAGACGAACUUUUAUCCUGCGGAAUUAUAGAACGGGUUACGGAUGAGAUGGAAAAUUCAUUCUGUUCAUCUUUAUUGGUGGUCCCUAAAGGCAAGAAUGAUAUUCGCUUAGUCGUAGACUUUCGAGGCCCAAAUAAGAGCAUAAUAAGAACACCAUUUCCGAUGCCCACAUUAGAGGCCAUUUUAGCGCAACUGAACGGCGCAUCAUGGUUUACAACCAUCGAUUUAUCAAGUGCAUUUUUUCAUGUGGAGUUACAUGAGGACUGCAGGCAUUUGACGAACUUUUUUGCUGGCAAUGGAACAUAUAGAUUCAAGAGGCUACCAUUCGGUCUUUGCAACGCACCCGACAUCUUCCAAGAGAUUCUACAAACCAAGGUACUUACAGAAUGAAAAGGGGUGCUUAACU